UCUCUCUCCUCCCUUCUCCUCUCCUGCUCCCUUCUCCGGGCUUCUCCGCGCUCCGCUUUCUUCUCUUCUCUUCUCCCCCUUGCUCCUCUCCCCGCCCUCUUCGCUCUCGCCCCGCUCGCUCGCUCGCUGUCGUCCAGACUCACCGUCCCUGGUCCAAUUAUCAUAUUCAUCACCCGCAAGAUAUUAGCGGGUGUGAGCGCGCGCGGGUUUUCCUCUCUGCCGGCAGGGGGAAAAAAAAAGGCUCAGUCCCCCUGCUCUGCACCGCGAGGAAAUGGUAUUAUUUAAAUGAAUCCUAAUAAAAUAGCCUCUCAACAGUUUCCGAGCAGGAGCCUCAGUGGAACUCAGCGCUCCGCUCCUCCCAGUUCCUAAGAGGUCCCGGGAUUCUUGAGCUGUGCCCAGCUGACGAGCUUUUGAAGAUGGCACAAUAACUGUCCAGUGAUGCCUGACCAUGACAGCACAGCCCUCUUAAGCCGGCAAACCAAGAGGAGAAGAGUUGACAUUGGAGUGAAAAGGACGGUAGGGACAGCAUCUGCAUUUUUUGCUAAGGCAAGAGCAACGUUGUUUAGUACCAUGAAUCCCCAAGGUUCCGAGCAGGAUGUUGAGUAUUCAGUGGUGCAGCAUGCAGAUGGGGAAAAGUCAAAUGUACUCCGCAAGCUGCUGAAGAGGGCGAACUCGUAUGAAGAUGCCAUGAUGCCUUUUCCAGGAGCAACCAUAAUUUCCCAGCUGUUGAAAAAUAACAUGAACAAAAACGGUGGCACGGAGCCCAGUUUCCAAGCCAGCGGUCUCUCUAGUACAGGCUCCGAAGUACAUCAGGAGGAUAUAUGCAGCAACUCUUCAAGAGACAGCCCCCCAGAGUGUCUUUCCCCUUUUGGCAGGCCUACUAUGAGCCAGUUUGAUAUGGAUCGCUUAUGUGAUGAGCACCUGAGAGCAAAGCGCGCCCGGGUUGAGAAUAUAAUUCGGGGUAUGAGCCAUUCCCCCAGUGUGGCAUUAAGGGGCAAUGAAAAUGAAAGAGAGAUGGCCCCGCAGUCUGUGAGUCCCCGAGAAAGUUACCGAGAAAACAAACGCAAGCAAAAGCUGCCCCAGCAGCAGCAACAGAGUUUCCAGCAGCUGGUUUCAGCCCGAAAAGAACAGAAGCGAGAGGAGCGCCGACAGCUGAAACAGCAGCUGGAGGACAUGCAGAAACAGCUGCGCCAGCUGCAGGAAAAGUUCUACCAAAUCUAUGACAGCACUGAUUCUGAAAAUGAUGAAGAUGGUAACCUGUCUGAAGACAGCAUGCGCUCGGAGAUUCUGGAGGCCAGGGCCCAGGACUCCGUGGGGAGGUCAGAUAACGAGAUGUGCGAGCUGGACCCAGGACAGUUCAUUGACCGCGCCCGGGCCCUGAUCAGGGAGCAGGAAAUGGCUGAAAACAAGCCCAAGCGAGAAGGCAGCAACAAAGAGAGAGACCACGCGCCAAACUCCUUGCAACCAGAAGGCAAACAUUUGGCCGAGACCUUGAAACAGGAACUGAACUCUGCCAUGUCGCAGGUUGUGGACACGGUGGUCAAAGUCUUUUCGGCCAAGCCCUCCCGCCAGGUUCCUCAGGUCUUCCCCCCUCUCCAGAUCCCCCAGGCCAGAUUUGCAGUCAAUGGGGAAAACCACAAUUUCCACACCGCCAACCAGCGCCUGCAGUGUUUUGGCGACGUCAUCAUUCCGAACCCCUUGGACACCUUUGGCAACGUGCAAAUGCCCAGUUCCACAGACCAGACAGAAGCACUGCCCCUGGUUGUCCGCAAAAACUCAUCUGACCAGUCUGCCUCCGGCGCCCCCGCUGGCGGCCACCACCAGCCCCUGCACCAGUCGCCUCUCUCUGCCACCGCAGGCUUCACCACGUCCACCUUCCGCCACCCCUUCCCCCUCCCCCUGAUGGCCUACCCUUUUCAGAGUCCCUUAGGUGCUCCCUCUGGCUCCUUCUCGGGAAAGGACAGAGCGUCUCCUGAAUCCUUAGACUUAACUAGGGAGACGACGAGUCUGAGGACCAAGAUGUCAUCCCACCACCUGAGCCACCACCCUUGUUCACCAGCACACCCACCCAGCACCGCGGAAGGGCUCUCCUUGUCGCUCAUCAAGUCUGAGUGUGGCGAUCUUCAAGACAUGUCCGAAAUCUCACCUUAUUCGGGAAGUGCAAUGCAGGAAGGAUUGUCACCCAAUCACUUGAAAAAAGCAAAGCUCAUGUUCUUUUAUACUCGUUAUCCCAGCUCCAAUAUGCUGAAGACCUACUUCUCCGACGUAAAGUUCAACAGAUGCAUUACCUCUCAGCUCAUCAAGUGGUUUAGCAAUUUCCGUGAGUUUUACUACAUUCAGAUGGAGAAGUACGCACGUCAGGCCAUCAACGACGGAGUCACCAGCACUGAAGAGCUGUCUAUAACCAGAGACUGUGAGCUGUACAGGGCUCUGAACAUGCACUACAACAAAGCAAAUGACUUUGAGGUUCCAGAGAGAUUCCUGGAAGUUGCGCAGAUCACAUUACGGGAGUUUUUCAAUGCCAUUAUCGCAGGCAAAGAUGUUGAUCCUUCCUGGAAGAAGGCCAUAUACAAGGUCAUCUGCAAGCUGGAUAGUGAAGUCCCUGAGAUUUUCAAAUCCCCAAACUGCCUACAAGAGCUGCUUCAUGAGUAGAAAUUCCAACAACUCUUUUCGAAUGUAUGAAUAGUAGCAAUCCCCUUUGGAUGUCCAAGUUAUAUGUGUGUAGAUUUUGAUUUCAUAUAUAUGUGUAUGGGUGGCAUGGAUAUGUUAUGAAAUCAGCUGGUAAUUCCACCUCAUUAUCCUUCUCUCAUUUUCUUCUGUUUUCCAUUGCAAGGGGAUGGUUAUUUUCCUUCUGCCUUUAGUUUACUUUUGCCCAAGGCCCUUAACAUUUGGAGACUUCAGAUAGGGUUAAUUUUCAGGGAAGAAAGGAAUGUUGACUGCGGAAAGUCUAUCUUGACAAGGAAAGGUGUUUGUUAAAGAUGCUUCUGCUUGACCGAUGCUUUGUUGCGAAGGGCUGUUGGCAGAGGGGGACUGGCGACACAGCACAGUUCUACAGACAGGUGAUGUGUCUCUUGUUUUUUCUGCUAAGAAGGUCAGAAAACUCAAUGAAACCACUUCAAAAACUUAAAUAUAUUGUUUGGUUUGAACUCAGUAAAUAGCUUUUUUAUUACAUGUUUAAAAAUAAUGCCAAUGGCAGAUGAACAGCUCACUUUUCAAAAGGAUCACAAAAGGCCAAAUUUAAAAAAAAAAAAGUAAUCACUGACUGUCAAGCCUUUUCUAAGAGAAAUGGCAACCCCCCAAACUAGUACCAGUUUCCUGUGGAGGCAACACAGUUUGGCACCAAAGUGAAACCGUUAAGACGAGAUUGGAAAUUUCCCCAUGAUCCUCUGGUCACCUCUCCAAACUUCACCAUAGGUUCUUCUUCAUGACAAGUCUGUAUCAUUCUUCACAGAGAAAAAACCCUAUAACUUGUUAUCAUUUUCUAUUUAUCUUGCUGCAGAUAUUAAAAGGCACAUAAGUUUCAAACUUACUCUUUGCUCAACUUUGUUUAUAUGCUUAAAAGAAUUAUUAUUUCUCUUUAAUAUUUAACCCUUCUCUUUUUUUUAAAAAAAGAACCCAUUUUCUGAAUAACUUCCUAUAGUAAGGCAUAAAGGACACCCCGACUUGACCAUACAAUCCCUGCCUACACUAGAAGUUUGUUGUCAGCCAUUAGAUGACUUGGUCUUUGCCUCCUCAGAGGAGCCCGUACGAGAUUACCUAUUUUCAUGUCCAAUUCUGCACUACCCCGAUGGAUUGUCAAAGUGGUGACUGUCUAACUAUGUGUGUCUUCGUUUUAGGUAUAGCAUCUUAAAGCAAUUGAUAAAGUCUCUUCUGAUUCAGAAGCUAGUAUUGACCAAAAUGUGAGAAGAGUGGAUAGCAUAGCAACGUUUGGGGGUUGACCCAAAAGACACAAUUUCAGCACACAUAAGAAAGCUAGCUGCUAUUUUAUGCUUUCUUCAAUGGUUCUCCUCUUCUUUUCUUUUUCUGUUUUUUCUUCAGUUUUUCAAAUGUGUACAAUGUUCCAUACUUGCUCUUAAAAAGUGAUGUAGCGUUCACACUUGUUGUGUUAGAUGAGUUUUAUGUGCAGAUGCAGUAAGAAUUCCUUGUUCAUUCACUAGGUUUUUUUCAGACCCUCCCUCCCCUUAGGUAAUUUGACAUACACCUCCUAAAAUGACACGGUAACAAACCUGGUAUUUAGAAUAUAUGGAACAUAAAUACCAUUUUUCCUUAAUUUUUAUAAACAUACAUUUGACUCGGGAGAAUGCAGGUUGACCCAUGUGACUAAUUAGCUGACCCCAUCGCUGUAAUUUAACGUCAUUUAUAGAUUCUGCUGAUGGACAGGAAUGUGUGAAGGCAGUUACUGUCAGCACAAAGCCUUAAAACCUGCUGACUUUAAAUGAACCUGCACCACUGAGGGGACUAACCCGCUCUCGCAGUGUAGACAGUGUGGUGGCACAGGCUGGAACACCACCCACGACCCAACACACCGCCCAACUGGCACUGUCCUUCACAAGGCACACGGAGCCAUUAGAUCCCAUUUGUUCUUGUCCCAGCUUGCUGAAGAGGUGGGGGGUAGAGAGGGAAUGUUUGGAUAAUCAUUACCUUGGCAUAAAACGUGAACCAAAAGAAAAAAAUCCAAUCAGCACAAAGUAGGGAAGCAAUCUCAACCCUCGGUCACACCCUUUCGCCUUGCUUCCUGCAAAUGAGUGUGACAUUCACUCUUCACAUCAAACACCACUGGGUCUUGGCUGUUCCAUGGAAUUCACAUCAAAAAUGUGUUGCCAUUUGCAAAGUAAAAGGCAAAACCAUAGUUUUUUCACCUAUGUAGUCAGAUUGCUAGAAUCUUCUGAAGCUGAGGCAAAUUCAGUGUUGAUUCCAGACUGACUUGGAUUUUUAGUAUUAUUCUCCCCUGCUUGUCUAAUUUAAAUGGCCAAAUUAAGCAAAAGUGUAUGUUCACAGCCAAAUGUGGAGGCACUUAUCAAUGGUAACAUCCUCUUAAUGUUCACUAAUGUUCUAUGAGGCAUAGAAGUUCUUUCAGAAUAGAAAUUGCAACAGGAGGAUAAACUCACCUCAUUGUUCUAAAAAUAGAACUCGAUCACUUUGCUUUUAGGUGAUUUUUCCCCACAUUUACAAUCAUAAGAUCUUAUGCCUCUGAGUGCAUUGGAAAAUGACAAAAGCCUGUCUCUCAAAAGUCCUAUUUAACAGGGGUUUUUUUGUUUUGUUUUGUUUUUUUCCAAAUCGCUAUCUUUCAACUCUUAGCUCAACUCUCACCAAGUGAAAAUUGGCUGUUUAGGAGGAAGUUAACUUUCUGUGGUGGGAGGGCAAAGGAUGAGGGACAGUUGCACAGGGAAAAAAAAGUCUAAAGUCCAAGUUGAAAUACCACAUUAUCCCUUAUUUUCUGCUAAAUUAUUUUUGCAUAUACACUUGAGGUUAUAGUCUGUGCCUAGACCUAAAAUGCACCAGCGGGGGGAUUUUUUUAAAUCCUUCAAAAUACCAGUUUUUUCCCACAAGUACAAUUGUUCUUGUGCCUUCUGUGGCUUUCGAUUCCAUCUUUUUGACUUUAUUUCCAAUUACUACAGCUGCAAUAAACAUUAGAUUUUUUUUUCUGGCUGUUUGACAUAACGUUGAUAGCUAUGCAUAUUUUGUGUCUUUUUAAAACAAAGCGGGAGAAUACGUUUUUGAAGAAGAGAAUUUUUAGAACAGUUUGAUACCGCAAAUUAUUUUUUCCUCAAUUGUUUGAGCAGCAUUCGAGUUUUGAAAAUUCUUGUAGAAGCCAAUUUUUUGUAACUGUGGUGCAAAUCUUGUGUUUUCUUAGCCUAAUGAAAAGUAGUAUAGAAGCAAUAUUUCAUACCAUGUGCUAUAUAUGUGUGUGCAAAUGUGAGAACACAAAAACACAUACACAUAUAUACACAUGUAAAAAUAUACAUAUAUAUAUAUGCGUGUGAAGUGGAAAGCUUACCUUUUCCUAUCUAGAUUUAAGGACCUAUUUUAGACAUUUGUUAUGUUUUGUGAAAAGAAUGUUCUAUUUGCAACAACAAAACAUUUAAUUCUUACUGUAUCUCUGGCUGUUUAAUGAGGACGUUUCACAUUAAAUGGUAAAACAAUGUGGAAGAUUGUAGAAUGUAGUAAUUAUUUAAGGAAAUGUUCACCCACGUUAUCCUGAAGUUUGCUUUGUGCCUCCGAGUAUUAUUUAAUUAAAGUGUUUUAUGUUUGCAGAAUCUUUGUUGCUGUGCUAGGGAUGUGGGUGAAUAUCAUUUUUAAGAAUUUUAAAAACAACAAAAAAAGCAAAACAAAAACACUAAAGCAAGAGGGGAACUUUUAUAAAGCAAUGUAAAUAUUUAACCUCAUGGCUGUUGUUACGUAAGACAUGAGAUUUUAAUAAAUAACUACAUUCUCACAACAUCUGUUGAAUUUAUUACGAACACUACAGUGACUGUGUAGACAGUUGAAAGCAUUCUUGAAAAUCCUGCUCUCUACUUUUAAAAGAUAACAGUCUCUUUCAUCAGAUGUCAAGGGCAAGGGUAAUGCAGUUUCUGUAAAUUUAUGAAAUUUAUUUUCUAUGUACAUGAAGACAUAUAGUAAGUAAACCCCCCUACACGCACAUACACACAUGUACAGGUUCGUAUUAACUCAUAAAGCUGAAGAUUUGGGGGCUUUAAAAAUGGAAUGUCCCCCAGAAGCAAUCAAAUAAAUUCAUCAAAGAAAAAGCAGUUUACAGACUUCCCUGAAAGAAGCAGUGUACAUGUGAGGUCAGAGCAAAUCUCUUUGCCAUGUAUAUUAUAGAAUAUUCAUUGGUGUGAAUAGUACAAAUGUUUCCUUCUGGUACAACCUCUGUGUUUGCAAAUUACAAGAAGCAUUGUUUUCAAAAAGCUCCCCUUAAAAGAAUGUAACUGGUUUAUAGGAGUAAGCAGUUACUGUAUUGCACUUAAAUGUUAUGUUGAAGGAAAUGCAGCUUUGUUUUCUGUAGAUCUGUUGGUUGUAAACCAUCUCUAAAACUAAAGCUAAAAUGCUCGUAUUCAGAGCUGGGAUCAAAACUGGUAUUUAACCUUUGCAUCUUCUCAUAAUUAUCCUCCUAAGAAUAUCACAGAAUCUCGAAGCACCUGGGCUUUCAGUCUUUUCAGCUGAGCCCUCUUUCAAAUCUGACACCCACCCCCCAGAAAGUAAAAACAUGAGCAGAAAAGGCAAACAGACUGGCCUUCUUUGGUGAAAAUGUGUUCAUUCUGUAUCUUUAAAAUAUUGUAAUCUACCACAUCGGGCAGGGGAGGGGGAGUAUUUUAAAAUUGUCUAUGACCACUUUGAAAUGAGAUUUAGAGAAACAAAUAUGUUUGGGGUUGGUCUCAGCGCUACCUGGAAGAAUCAAAGUUGUGGGUUUUCCCAAUACUGUCCCAGCCAUUUCUCAUGUGUAUAUAGUAUAAACCGUGACAAAACACUGCCUUUAUAUUAUUUAGCAAUAUGUUGUAAAUAGCAUUAUUAAGCUCUUUUUUGUAAUAAAGAUCCUUUGAUUUGAAUAUAGUACAAUAACUGAACUGAUAAAGUCAAUUAUUUUUUUUUUUUAGCUAGAGGCAAUUUCAAUUGUGGAUUUUUGUUGUUGUCUAUUGUUCUGAAGACUUUGCAUAAUUUAUUGGUUUAAUUUAUCCUAAUUUAUUUGAUGAAGGUGUACAAUUUUGUAUUACCAAGGAUGUACUGUAAUAUUAAUUGAUAUGAUUUUAAAAAAUGAGACUCCCUGUCCAUAUUAAAAAGAAAAUAAAAAGGUGCAGUAGACAAUUGAUUUUAAAGUAAAAGUAAAAAAUUUAGUUUGGCAGCUACUAAAUUUUAAAACAAGAAAUAAAAGGUUGAUGGGGGGAGGGUGGGGAGGGGGUUUUACUUUGUGUGUUUUAAGCUUUUGUAUACUCUCCAAACUUUUACCUUUUUCUUUGUACCACUUAAAGGAUACAGUAGUCCAAUUGCCUUGUGUGCCUUCCAUCUUCUCUUAAACUGAAUGUAUGUGCAGUAUAUAUGCAAGCUUGUGCAAAA